AUGACUGAGAAAGUGAGAUUGGUAAGGGAUCAUUUGAAAGCGGCACAGGAUCGUCAGAAGUCUUACGCUGAUUUAAAGCGACGUCCAGAAGAGUUCAUCGUCGACAAACAAGUAUUACUUCGCGUGUCACCCAUGCGCGGAGUAGUGCGUUUUGGUGCUCAUGGAAAGUUGAGCCCUCGAUUCAUAGGACCAUAUGAAAUUUCGGAACGGGUGGCCUCUCAUGUCUUAGAUCCCGAAUCUUUAGAUUUGGAUACAUCCUUGUCUUACUCUGAGCAACCAGUUAGAUACUUGGACACGAAGGUCCGUAGUACACGGCGGAAGGAUAUAUCUAUGGUAAAAGUCUUGUGGUCAAAUCACGAACAUGAAGCGACUACAUGGGAAACGGAGGACUCUAUGAGAGCAAAGUACCUCCAUCUCUUUCAGAAAUGGUCUGAAUGGGAAACAUAG